AGUCUCCCUCAGUCCCUGGGUGGGAAACCCGCCCUCCCGACAGCCCCUCCCCGGAGACCCCCCUCUGUCCCUGGGCGGGAACCCCACAGUCCUUCACCGGAGACCCCCUCUGUCCCUGGGCGGGAACCCCGCCCCCCCCACAGUCCCUCACCGGAGACCCCCUUUGUCCCUGGGCGGGAACCCCGCCCCCCCCACAGUCCCUCACCGGAGACCCCCUCUGUCCCUGGGCGGGAACCCCCCCCACAGUCCCUCACCGGAGACCCCCUCUGUCCCUGGGUGGGAAACCCCCCCCCCCCACAGUCCCUCACCGGAGACCCUCUCUGUCCCUGGGCGGGAACCCCCCCCCCACAGUCCCUCACCGGAGACCCCUGCAGCCCCCCCCUCCCUCGGCAGGGAGCUCUUCCAGCCCCUUUUCCCCCCACCAGGAAGCCCCACAGCUCCCAGGCAAGGAGCGCUGCAGCCCCCUUCCCAGCCAGGAACCCCCUUACAAUUCCCCUUCCCCCCACCAGCAACCCCUCUCAGUCCCCUGACCACCUCCCUCUGGGCAGGGGUCCCCAAAUCCCUCUCUCUCCGGGCAGGGGACCCCCUUUUCCAUGCUCCACCAGGCAGGCCCUCAAAUCACUCUUACAGUGAGAGACCCCAGUCCAACAACCAGUGACCCAGAGUAGAGAUUCCCACUCCCCCUUUCCCAGAGCUGUGCUGCAUGGGGCCUCCCCUGACUUACUGGUUCCUGUAGAUUUAGAUGUAUGGUUAAAGUAAAUACAGGGGAACAAAGGGCUUCCCCCAGCCUGUGUCCAGGGGUCUGUUUCAGUGGAUAUAGUGGGCAGCAACACCAAUCUGUCUUGUUUUUUUUCCAAGGCACCUAUUUCUUCUAUCUAAGCACCAUGUAACAAUUAAAGAUAACUUUGAGCAUGUGUCCUCCCAGCCUCCCUUGCUCCACUGAAUAUUACUCAACUGCAAUCCUUAGUCAUCCCACUGAAAGAAGUGUUAACAUCAUAGAUGGGGGGAAAGGAAACUUGUGAAGAAUGUGUGGGCGCACAGCCUGCGCUCUGGGAGCAGAUCGCAUCCGCCGAGCCUGUGUGUACCGUGAUAACCAUGGUAGAACAAGACAACCUGAAUGGAGAGAUGCUGAUAAAUAUAGCCCCUCCUACAACAAGAGUCCCCAGUCCAACAGCCCUGUUCUGGUUUCUCGACGACACUUUGAGAAGGAUGCUGACUCUUCUGAGCGUGUCCUUGCGGCUAUGCGCUGGGGACUGGUCCCAGCCUGGUUUAGAGAAGCUGACCCUUCCAAAAUGCAGUAUAAAACCUCCAACUGUUGCAGCGAUACCAUGAUGGAGAAACCCUCCUACAAGGGACCUCUGGUAAAGGGCAGGCGCUGUGUAGUGCUGGCAGAUGGAUUCUAUGAAUGGCAGCAGCACAAUGGAAAGAAGCAGCCCUAUUUCAUUUACUUCCCACAGCCCAAGCAAGAAAUGGCAGAUGGGAAGGAUGAUGAUGAAGAGUGGAAAGGCUGGAGGUUACUCACCAUGGCUGGGAUUUUCGAUUGCUGGGAGCCCCCUGAUGGAGGGGAUGCAUUGUACACCUACACCAUCAUCACAGUAGAUGCUUCUAAAGGCUUAAGUGAUAUCCAUCACAGGAUGCCAGCUAUCCUGGAUGGGGAUGAGGCCAUCAGGAAAUGGUUGGACUUUACAGAGGUAUCAACACAGGAAGCCCUUAGGCUCAUCCACUCCACAGAGAACAUUGCUUUCCACCCGGUUUCCACUAUAGUAAACAACUCCAGAAACAAUACACCAGAAUGCCUCGCUCCCAUUGGGUUGGGACCAAAGACGGAAACCAAAGUCAGCACUAGCAGCAAAAUGAUGUUGGAUUGGGUGAAAAACAAGUCUCCCAAGAAAGAGGAAGGUGAUUUGCCCAGAUGGUCCAGCCAGUUCAUCCAAAUCGCUGCACCCAAGAGAACCAGUGCAGGCUUAAUGCACCAGUGGCUGAAGAAGGAAGAGGGGGAUCCUUGUGCAAAGAAGCCCAAAACUCAAUGAACUGACUUUCAGUUCUGAGUUCCUAAGUAGAUGCAGCGUGUUAGCUUGUUAGAUCCUGCAGACUGGUACUGAGACUCCUGUGAUCUUGUUGCAUUGAGCAUUUAAACGUGAUCUCUUUAGCACUGAUGUGAUUUUUGUAGCUUGUUGCCCUUCUUGUGCUGAUGGUUUACUGAUUCAGGAGAGCAGUGUUUGGUUUUUAAAACUUUCUUUCUUGUCUUCCACUAGCAGGGACAUAGAUUUAAUGUGCAAUGCUCACCUCCCACCAACUUUUUCACUGCAACCCAGUGGUUGGCACUGACCUGCCUUGGGAAUGUCUAUGGAUCAAAUACAUGUGAGAGAGGCACUUAAAUGCAAUCCAUGCUCUUCCCAUUGGAUGAGGAACAGAAAAACUGCAUGGAAUUCUUUCCUGUGGUGGUAUUCAGCUGGUUCUCCUGUGUGUUAAUUCUCCUAGAUAGUCUGUUCUAUACAGAUUAUUUUGGACACUUUUGAUGCUUGAGAACUUCUGCAGCUGAAAAAUGAAAAAAAGAACCUAUGUUAAACUAGUAUUUAAAUCAGAGACAGAGACCCGUUCCCAAGGCCAGGAAAUUCUGGGCUAACACUGCCUUGCUUUGUGUCGGCACAGCAACAUGCAUGGGCCUCUGCAUAAGGCUUCCAGAACAGUGGGAUCCUGAUGUCAUAUGCGGAAAGGAGGAUAUUCAGGAUCCUGGAAGCAAGUGGCAUGGGUACAGGUGCCUUUGAAAACUGAGGAAGCAUUCUAUUAUGGAAAUGGGGAGGGGUGUGAGUAACAGAGAAAUGCCUUGUUAAGUCAGUUUUGCUGGUGAAAGCUAAAAAGUGGCCUUACCUUUAAAUCCUUUUCCAUGCUCAUUGUCUGUCCCAUUUCUGACAGGCUGACCUGCCUUUAAGGAGUCUGUAUGCUAUUCUCAAGGGCUGCUUUGAAAACCAUUCCCCAGUGGUAUUAUAAUAUUAUGGAAGCCACUAGAAGUAUCGUCUCAAAUUUCCCACUGUUACCAUGUAGUCAUAAUAUAGGCAUGAAUCAGUAUUUUAACCAGUGUUAUCUAACCCUGCUCAGAGCAGGGUUAGAUGACACAAUGGUAAAAAUGGCAGCAUAUUGUCUACACAAAACCUCACACUGACAGUAGCAACACUGGUAAAUUUAAAGAGAAAGUCCUGAUAUUCAGAAGUGCUGAGCGCCCACAGCUCCAAAUGAAGUCAAUAGAAGCUGCAGGUACUCAGUACUACUGAAAAACAAGCUUUAAUGUAUUGGCAUGACCUUAGAGAGCAGGUUCCUGGGAAUUACUGGGUUUAAUCUGUCUUCUGUGGCAGCCAUAACUCCUAGCUUUAUUAUUUUUUGUGGGGAGUGGUGUGGGAAAACUUGUCUUGGCCAUAAUGUUUGUGCAAUCUUUUUGUUAAUAGGAUUUUAAGAUUUAGAGAGUAUUUUCUGAAUCCUUGAUCCAGAGAGGGAACAAUCACUCUUUUGAGUAGGUAGAUCACUGGACUGUCACUAAAGUACAAAAGUAUUUUUUUGUCUUUGGUCUGGGACUUGAACAAACAGUGAGAGUCAAAUGUUAGAGCAAAGACCUUAGCAUGUGGGUGCUCUCUGGAGAGCAUCACUUAUUUGUGUUUGAAAUAGUAGUUUGUAGAAAAUAAAAAGCGAUCAGUUGGCUUGUU